AUCCUCUGUUCCCUGAUAAUUAAAACACUUGAGAUUGUGACAGUAUAUUGUUUGAAUUGACCUUCAUCGAAGCGCAUCUCUGUAAGCGUGCUUAAUCAUGUUGACUGACAAGAUCGCUCUCUUGAGAGGGCCUUUGACAACCCCCUUGGACGAAGCUUCGUUCCAAAGUGUGAACUUCUUUUUCGCCAGGUUUCAUUCGAUUUUAGUAUGUAAUGGGUAUGGAGCUCCAGAUUUCUGAUACUUAAGGGUGGCCUGUCAUGAGACUGUUGAAGUUUUAGCAUUUGGGUGAUAAUGCAUAUUCUUCAUCCCCAAAGCAUGAUGAACACUUCGCUUAUCAUGACCACACCAAAAAUGGCAAGGCUGAAGCAAGCCAAGGAAGAGGCCGAGAAAGAGAUUGCUGAAUACCGAGCCCAAAUGGAGCAGGAGUUCCAGAGGAAACUCACCGAGAGCAGCGGAGACUCGGGGGCGAACGUGAAGAGGCUGGAGCAAGAGACAGAUGACAAAAUCCAUCAUUUGAAGACGGAGGCUUCGAGAAUUUCGAACGAUGUGGUGGACAUGCUUCUGAAGCAUGUCACCACAGUGAAGAACUGAGUUAUAUGUGAAGAAGGUGGUCUUUGGGUUUCUUCUUCUGUUUGUGAUGACCUUAUCUGUUUCUCUCGUUGUGUUGGUGUGUAAUUUUGUCGAAGUUAACUCGUUAGCGAGUUGAUAACAUUUGAACCUUUUCUUCAGGAAAAAGGUAUCAAUAUAUACAUCGAAAUAAAGUAAAUUCAUUCAUA